AAGAUUGACGGUCCAUCAUCGACAGUCCCUCAAAGGGUCUCACGGAGUCACAGGCAGGGGUCAAUCGCAAUCAGGACAAAUCGGCGUUUUCAACCCUCAAAUUCCUGCAAAACAAACAACACUCUGUAUAGUCGGAUCUUGUAAUGUAAUGGCACCUUCACGAACCACUCAAAUCAUCAGUCUAUGCGGGUCUUUUCCAUAGUUCAACACAGGCAUUACCCUUGUUGAUUCCUCCUACUCUCUCUAGUCAACUGGCUAUGGAAAAUUUGUCAUCUAAUGGGCAUCGUUUUCGGAGAAUACCACGGCAUUCCUUGGCUGCUAAUCUGAAGUUAGAUCCAUUGCUUGAUGAAAAUUUGGAGCAGUGGCCGCAUCUGAAUGAACUUGUUCAGUGCUACAGAACUGACUGGGUAAAAGAUGAAAACAAGUAUGGGCAUUAUGAUAGCAUUGGCCCCGUUUCGUACCAGAAUCAGAUAUUUGAGGGGCCUGACACUGACAUUGAAACAGAAAUGCAUCUUGCCAGUGCCAGGCAAACUAAGAUUGGCGAUAGCAUUGAAGAUGACGUCCCCAGUACUUCUGGGAGGCAAUUUAUAGAGGCUACUUUCUCUGACUCAUCACGCUCUAAAAACUUAAAGCAUCUUGGUGAAUCUCCCCUGCCUGCUUAUGAACCUGUUUUUGACUGGGAGAAUGAGAGGUCAAUGAUAUUUGGGCAAAGGACUCCGGAAACUCAUACAGCACAGUACGGCAGUGGAUUGAAGAUCUCUGUGAAAGUUCUCUCCCUAUCUUUUCAAGCAGGACUAGUUGAGCCAUUUUAUGGUACAAUUUGUUUAUACAACAGGGAAAGAAGAGAUAAAUUGUCCGAGGAUUUCAUCUUUCGUGUUUUACCAGCUGAGAUGCAAGAUGCUAGUAGUUCUUAUGAACCUCGUGGUAUUUUCUAUUUAGAUGCUCCAUCAGCAUCAGUUUGUCUGCUGAUCCAGUUAGAGAAGCCUGCCACAGAAGAAGGCGGUGUUACUCCCUCCGCCUAUUCACGGAAAGAACCAGUUCACCUAACUGAGAGAGAAAAGCAGAAACUGCAAGUGUGGUCUCGUAUCAUGCCUUACAGAGAGUCCUUUGCUUGGGCCAUGGUUCCACUAUUUGAUAACAGCAUUAGUGCUGCUACUGGUGGGUCAGCUUCCCCUAGUAGCCCUCUUGCUCCUAGCAUUUCUGGGUCAAGCUCCCAAGAAGGUGUUUCUGAGCCAAUUGCAAAGAUCACUUUAGACGGAAAGCUGAGUUAUUCAAGUGGAAGUUCUGUUGUGGUUGAAAUAUCAAACUUAAAUAAAGUAAAAGAAGGCUAUACGGAGGACGCUCUCCAGGAUCCUAAACGUAAGGUUCAUAAACCGGUGAAAGGUGUGUUAAGAUUGGAAAUUGAAAAGCUUCAAGCUGGCCUUGUUGACUUUGAAAAUAUUUCUGAAAGUGGCAGUGUGACAAAUGAUUCUGUUGAUCCUGGGGACCGAUUUACUGAUUCCACAUUCACAAGAUGCCCCAGUAAUGGAUCUGAUGGGCCUCAUAAUGGCGAUUCCAAGUGGAAUUUCAUUGAUGGGAAAGAAAUUAACCGAAAUGGAUCAGUUGCUCAUGCAAAUCCUGAUUUCAGUGCUGAUGAUUUCCAUGCUUUCGACUUCCGCACCAUGAUUAGAAAUGAGCCUUUCUUGGAGCUUUUUCAUUGUCUCUAUGUCUAUCCCUUGACUGUCAGUUUGAGUAGGAAAAGGAAUUUGUUCAUACGUGUUGAACUCAGAAAGGAUGAUUCAGAUGUUCGUAGACAGCCUUUGGAGGCAAUGCAUUCAAGGGAACCGGGUGUGUCAAUUCAGAAAUGGGCACACACACAAGUUGCUGUUGGCGCUAGGGUCGCUUGCUAUCAUGAUGAAGUUAAAGUUUCACUCCCUGCUAUUUGGACACCAUUGCAUCACCUUUUAUUCACUAUCUUUCACAUCGACCUUCAAACAAAACUGGAAGCUCCAAAGCCAGUGGUAAUUGGUUAUGCAGUGCUUCCAUUAUCUACACACUCUCAGUUGCGAUCUGAAAUCUCUUUACCAAUCAUGAGAGAGCUGGUUCCACAUUAUCUUCAAGAUACUAGCAAGGAGCGGCUGGAUUACUUGGAGGAUGGAAAAAAUGUCUUUAGAUUGCGCUUGAGACUAUGUUCUUCCUUACAUCCCAUCAGCGAGCGCAUUAGAGAUUUUUUUCUCGAGUAUGAUAGACACACUCUUCGCACAAGCCCUCCUUGGGGAUCUGAACUUCUUGAGGCCAUCAACAGUUUAAAGAAUGUUGAUUCUACUGCACUGCUUCAGUUUCUUCAGCCAAUCUUGAAUAUGCUUCUCCAUCUUAUAGGCAACGGUGGAGAAACUCUCCAGGUUGCAGCCUUCAGAGCUAUGGUAAAUAUUUUAACAAGGGUGCAGCAAGAGUCGGUUGAUGAAGCAGAAAGAAACCGUUUUCUAGUAAACUAUGUUGAUUUUGCUUUUGAUGAUUUUGGGGGUCGUCAACCACCUGUUUAUCCUGGUUUGUCCACUGUUUGGGGAAGUUUGGCUCGCAGUAAGGCCAAAGGUUACCGUGUUGGGCCAGUAUAUGAUGAUGUCUUGGCAAUGGCUUGGUUUUUCCUAGAAUUAAUUGUCAAGUCAAUGGCAUUGGAGCAAACUCGCUUGUUCUAUCACAAUCUUCCACUGGGUGAAGACGUUCCGCCAAUGCAAUUGAAAGAAGGUGUGUUCAGAUGUAUUAUGCAAUUAUAUGAUUGCCUUAUUACAGAAGUGCAUGAGCGUUGCAAGAAAGGAUUAAGCUUGGCGAAACGUUUAAACAGCAGUCUGGCCUUUUUUUGUUAUGAUCUCUUGUCCAUCAUUGAGCCUCGCCAAGUUUUUGAAUUGGUAUCAUUGUACUUGGAUAAAUUUUCUGGGGUAUGUCAAUCAGUUCUGCAUGACUGCAAGCUUACAUUUCUGCAGAUCAUAUGUGAUCAUGAUCUAUUUGUAGAAAUGCCUGGGCGUGAUCCUUCAGAUAGGAACUACCUUUCUUCUGUUUUAAUACAAGAGCUUUUCCUUACUUGGGAUCACGAUGAUUUAUCUCAGCGGGCAAAAGCGGCUAGGAUCUUGGUCGUCCUUUUGUGCAAGCAUGAAUUUGAUGCUCGGUACCAAAAACCUGAAGAUAAAUUAUAUAUUUCCCAGCUAUAUUUUCCACUCGUUGGACAGAUUCUGGAUGAAAUGCCCGUCUUUUACAAUCUGAAUACAGUUGAAAAGCGUGAAGUCUUGAUUGUUAUUUUGCAAAUUUUACGCAAUCUGGAUGAUGCAUCACUUGUCAAGGCUUGGCAGCAUAGCGUUGCUCGAACCAGAUUAUUUUUCAAACUGUUGGAAGAAUGCCUAAUUCUUUUUGAGCACAGGAAACCUGCUGAUAGCAUGCUUGCAGGCAGUAGUUCCCGCAGCCCUGUUGGGGAUGCACCUACGUCUCCAAAGUACUCUGACAGACUUUCUCCUUCAAUUAAUCACUAUCUGACUGAGGCAUCAAGGCAAGAAGUCAGACCUACUGGAACACCUGAAAAUGGUUACUUGUGGCAGAGAGUGAAUUCCCAGCUCAGUUCCCCUAGCCAGCCGUAUUCCUUAAGGGAAGCUCUUGCUCAGGCUCAAUCUUCCAGGACUGGAGCUUCAGCCCAAGCACUGAGAGAGUCUUUGCACCCAAUAUUGAGGCAAAAACUGGAACUUUGGGAAGAAAACUUGAGUGCUGCUGUCAGUCUUCAGGUUUUGGAAGUAACUGAAAAAUUUUCAACGGCUGCGGCAUCCCAUGCCAUUGCUUCUGAUUAUGUAAAACUUGAUUGCAUCACAUCCGUAUUUACAAGCUUCUUCUCACGGAAUCAGCCGCUGGAUUUUUGGAAAGCAUUGUUUCCUGUGUUCAACAGUGUGUUCGAUCUUCAUGGUUCAACAUUACUGGCAAGGGAAAAUGAUCGUUUCUUAAAGCAAAUUGCUUUCCAUCUUCUUCGUCUUGCAGUUUUCCGAAAUGAUAGCAUCAGGAGAAGAGCUGUUAUUGGGCUACAGUUACUCAUCCGGAGCUCUUGUUCUUAUUUUAUGCAGACAGCAAGGUUAAGGGUCAUGCUGACUAUCACAUUGUCAGAGUUGAUGUCCGACGUGCAAGUGACUCAGAUGAAGUCUGAUGGAACACUUGAAGAGAGCGGUGAAGCACGACGUCUUCGAAAAUCCUUGGAGGAAAUGGCAGAUGAAUCUAAGAGCCAAAACUUAUUAAGGGAGUGUGGACUUCCUGAAAGUGCACUAAAUGCAACUCCGGAUAGAUCAGCAGAGAACCAAUGGUCAUGGUCAGGGGUGAAAUAUCUCACUGACAGUCUUCUGCUGGCUCUUGAUGCAAGCCUCGAACAUGCACUUUUGGCAUCGAUGAUGACCAUGGAUAGAUAUGCAGCAGCAGAGAGCUUCUAUAAACUUGCAAUGGCCUUUGCUCCUGUCCCAGAUCUUCACAUAAUGUGGCUGUUGCACCUAUGUGAUGCACAUCAGGAAAUGCAGUCUUGGGCUGAAGCUGCACAGUGUGCUGUUGCUGUUGCUGGUGUUGUAAUGCAGGCCCUUGUGAGCAGAAAUGAUGGUGUCUGGAGCAGUGAUCAUGUUACUGCUUUACGCAAAAUAUGCCCCAUGGUCAGCAAUGAGAUAACUUCUGAGGCCUCAGCAGCUGAGGUAGAAGGAUAUGGCGCUUCUAAACUCACAGUCGACUCUGCUGUGAAAUACUUGCAGCUUGCAAAUAAGCUUUUCUCUCAAGCGGAGCUCUACCAUUUCUGUGCAAGCAUUCUGGAACUUGUAAUUCCAGUUUAUAAGAGCAGGAGGGCAUAUGGACAGCUAGCAAAAAGUCACACAAUGCUAACAAAUAUCUAUGAAUCAAUCCUUGAGCAGGAAUCAAGCCCAAUACCGUUCACUGAUGCCACAUACUAUAGGGUGGGAUUCUAUGGUGAAAGAUUUGGGAAGCUGGAUAGAAAGGAAUAUGUAUACCGAGAGCCUCGUGAUGUACGGUUGGGUGACAUAAUGGAGAAACUUAGCCAUAUAUAUGAUACAAGGAUGGACGGUAAUCAUACCCACAUAAUUCCUGAUUCUAGACAAGUCAAGGCAGAUGAGUUGGAACCUCGAGCGUGCUACCUGCAAAUAACUGCCGUUGAUCCAGUAAUGGAAGAUGAAGAUCUGGGAAGCAGAAGGGAGAGAAUAUUCUCUCUUUCCACUGGAAGUGUGCGUGCACGUGUCUUUGAUCGCUUCUUGUUUGAUACUCCUUUUACCAAAAAUGGCAAGACGCAAGGUGGAUUGGAAGACCAAUGGAAGCGGCGGACAGUUCUUCAGACUGAGGGCUCUUUCCCUGCCCUAGUGAAUCGGCUCUUGGUAAUUAAAUCAGAAUCUCUUGAGUUCUCCCCUGUAGAGAAUGCAAUUGGAAUGAUAGAAACUCGAACAGCUGCACUACGAAAUGAGCUUGAAGAGCCUCGCAGCUCUGAAGGCGAUCAAAUCCCACGUCUGCAGAGUCUACAGAGGAUACUUCAAGGCUCUGUUGCAGUUCAAGUGAACAGUGGAGUGCUGAGUGUGUGCACAGCUUUCCUUUCAGGUGAGCCUGCGACUAGGCUACGUUCCCAGGAACUGCAGCAACUUAUAGCUGCACUCCUUGAAUUUAUGGCUGUUUGCAAGCGUGCCAUUCGGGUGCACUUCAGGUUGAUUGGGGAAGAGGACCAGGAUUUCCAUACGCAGCUUGUCAAUGGGUUUCAGUCACUUACUGCAGAGUUAUCUCACUACAUUCCAGCCAUUCUCUCAGAGCUCUGACAAUGUUGCAGCAUUCUUGAUGUAUGUGUUCAUGUGAUUUUCUUUAGUCAUGCACAUUUUCUAGGUCCUAGUUCUAGUAUAUAUAUCCUGGUGUCUGUUUUCUUUUCUUUUUUUCUUUCUUUUUUCUGUUUAGGGUCGGGUAGAAGAGGGGUUUGAGGUUCUUGUUGAUCCAUUAUCUGAUCGUGUACUCUGUUUCUUUCAAAUGCUGCCCUGCUUUUUAUAAGUGCUGCUGCAUGGCAUCUUUCCAGCCAAAGUUCAAUCUGAUGCUGUGCAGUAUAAGAGCAUAUAUUGCAUUGGGUUAGAGUAAAUCUGUAUAAACUUUGCUGCUGUACAAAAAAUUCUUAUUGAAUGGUAUGGUUCAUUUGCAUCUUUGCAUAUUUCGAAAGAUGCCACCUACA